AUGCGCGGGGCAGGGGCGCAUUAUCUCGACCAAUUUCUGGUCUUGUUCCAACUUUUCGACGGCUUUGGGGUUUGGCUUUGGGUGGAGGAGGGUUUUGGUUUGCGUUACAUGGAAGAGAGUCUGCACAUUCGCCGGAGGGACGCCUCCGACUCUGGGGGGACGCCCCCAGAGAGAGUGUCUAUCGGUGGCAGACAUCAUAGUGCGCGGGGCAGGGGCGCAUUAUCUUGA